AUGGAUUCUGAAAAGAGCCACCGUCUAUACGUGAAAGGCCGCCACCUGGGGUACCAACGCGGCAAACGCAAUACGAACCCCAAUGUCAGCCUCCUUGCGCUGGAGGGUGUCAGCAGCACCGAGGCAGCACGUUACUACUUGGGCAAGAAGGUCGCGUUCGUGUAUCGCGCAACCUCUUCAGUGCGCGGAUCCAAGUGCCGCGUAAUCUGGGGCAAGAUCCGGCGGACACAUGGAAAUUCCGGCGCCGUACGAGCUUCCUUCAAACACAAUCUUCCCCCGAAAUCCUUUGGCGCAUCGGUCCGUGUGAUGCUGUAUCCUAGCUCGACGUAA